GAGCGUACCGCCCAAUGGCGGUGAGGUUUGUCCGGAAGCGGAAGUGAAAUAAGCGGAAGCGGCUCGCUGGGGCUGUGUUGCCUGGAUACCGGGAUGAUCCGCUCCGCUGUUGACAUCCAGCCCGCCUGCCUGGGGCUGUACUGCGGCAGGGUCGUCUUGGCCGUCAACGGCUCCCUGGAGGUCUACGGGGACUGCGGGGUGUGCCCCAGAGGCCAACGAACUGACGACAACAAAAUCUGCCGGGAGUGCGUGGGAUCCCCGGACCGCUAUGACUGGCUGUACCUGGGCUUCAUGGCCAUGCUGCCCCUCGUUCUGCACUGGUUCUUUAUUGAGUGGUAUUCGGGCAAAAAGAGUUCCAGUGCACUGUUGCAGCAUAUCACUGCCUUGUUUGAGUGCAGCAUUGCAGCAAUUGUUACUCUGCUAGUGAGUGAUCCCGCUGGCUCUCUGCACAUCCGUUCCUGCAAGGUGAAGAAGCUUUCAGACUGGUAUACGAUGCUCUACAACCCAAGUCCUGAUUACAUCACUACAGUGCACUGCACUCAUGAAGCAGUCUAUCCCCUGUACACGAUUGUGUUUAUAUAUUAUGCCUUCUGCCUGGUGCUAAUGAUGCUUCUUCGACCUUUUCUGGUUAAAAAAAUUGCCUGUGGAUUAGGAAAAGCUGAUCGAUUUAAAAGUAUUUAUGCGGCACUUUACUUCUUCCCAGUCCUCACCGUGCUCCAGGCAGUUGGAGGAGGCCUGCUCUAUUAUGCCUUUCCAUACAUCAUACUGGUGUUGUCUCUGGUUACGUUGGCUGUGUACUUGUCUGCUUCUGAAGUGGAGUCUUUCAAGGAUCUUCUUGUCAGGAAGAAAAGGCUUGUUGUCCUCUUCAGCCACUGGUUGCUUCAUGCCUAUGGAAUCAUCUCCAUUCCCAAACUGGACAAGCUUGAGCAGGAUCUCCCAUUGCUUGCCUUGGUACCUGCACCUGCCAUCUUCUACUUGAUGACAGCAAAGUACACUGAGCCAUCACGCAUACUCUCAGAAGGUGGAAAUGGACAUUAAAGGACGUUAAAAGGGUUUUGUGCCAACAGUGCUGUCCAAAUGAUCUGGAUUAAACAGGUUGAGUGCUUGUUAUGCA